CUUACUGUUCAUUGCACUGAGAAGCAAGUGGAAAGACGAGAUCCUCAGUGAAUGCAAAACAAGAGGCAGAAACAUAAUCUAAUCUUUUCUCAGCAAGCAGGCAUAUUUCUUGCACCACCUUUCUCUUGUGCUGGAAUAAAUCUGUUACUGAAGCAUAUGUCCAGACUGCUUGGUGAGAUGAUUCUCAGUUAGAAAGUCCUUAAGAAGCCACUCUCCAAGUGGAUGAAGAAAAGACAAGGCAGGAUGGGACAUGCUGUUCACCAGUUCAAGGCUCUGUUUUGGAAGAAUUGGCUCUGCCGUGUGAGGCAACCGGUCCUGUCUCUCUCUGAAAUACUCUGGCCGUGUGUACUUUUCUUCAUUCUGGCUGCAAUCCGCUUCCAGGAGCCUCCAAAAUACAAGGAAAACUGUUACUUAGAAGCUCGGGAUUUGCCAAGUCGGGGUCUUUAUCCUUUUGUGCGGACUCUUUUUUGUAAUGUUGGUUCAAGAUGCAGGAAUACCAGUUACACAACAAAGAAAAACAGACGUUUACGUAAUUCUGGCUUCCAAGGUGGUCCAGAGGGCUUUAUAGGACCUGAUCUAGCUUUCAUGAAAGAGAUGCAAGAUUUUGCAAAGGGAUUUAUUGAGACCACAGAGAAGGCCAUGGCUUUAGAAAAACUAUGGGAAGAAGGCUCAAAGUUUUCAGGGCUCCAUAACAGCACCACUUUUCUCACUGUGAAUUUGAAUGAAGCAGAGGAAAUGAUUUCUAGAAUAGAAAAUCUGUACAAGCAACCGCAUUUCUGGGACCUUCUGCAUUCACUCCCUCGGCUUAGAUUGAACAGCUUCUACACAGAAGAUGGGUUAGGUGCAAUAGCACAGUUUCUCAAGGCUAUUAAAAAUACCUUUGCUUCCUUGGAAGAUUUAGCUGUGAUGCCUUUGGGCCAGAGUUUCUAUGAAGUGGUGAAAAUAGCACUGAACUUAACUGCUGCCUCAGUGCACUUUUUGCAGGACAGGAGCUUGGAAGGCUUUCAAUAUAAUCUUUCUCUGUGGGAUGUGUUGUGGGAUCCACAUGCUGUCAGAGUGGAACUUAAAUCCAGGUUUGGUUUAGACGAUCUUCAUGUUAAGAAGCUUCUAAGUUAUGCAUCACAGCUACCUGAGAUUCCCACAGAAGAGACACUGGAGCAGUUUGUGUGCUCUGCCCUGUCCAGUGUGCCAGGUAAUGAAGUAAAUGGAGAGAAUAAUGAUGAAGGCUGUAUUUCUGCAUGGCAUGAGCUCAAACUCUAUCUUGUCCACGCUGUCAGCAAGCUGAGACUCUAUUCACAGGUAUAUCGUCAGUGGUUCAGCAGUAACCAGUCUCAGAAAUUUCUUUCUGAACUUGAAGGAAUGAUAGCUGACUUAAUGUCUCAGUUUCUAGAUGACAGUGAAGCGAGGAAAAUUGUUUCAGGGAUAAGCACCCUGAUCCUGCAAUGGAAUGAGAAAUCAGAAGCCUAUUUUUCAGAAGGGCAUACUCAUGAUCUAAUUCUGUAUCUGGAGAGAAUGCAGGCUGUGCUUCAGGAUGUGCCUCAGUGGCCUGUUACAAAGAGAUUGCUUCUAAUAGAUGGAGCUAUAAGGAAUGUAGUAACACAGAAUUUAUACUUCACUGGAGAAGUUUUACAUAACCUGGAAAAACUGAUUCCCUUUACCCGAAGAGAUGGAUUCAUUCAUCUAGACAUUAAAAGGCUGUUUGUGGAUUUAAAACAGAUGCUGUUGAGCAACGCUUCCUACACAUGCAGUGAUAUGCUUACAGUGUUUGAGAAGGCCCUCAGGCUUUUGCAGGGCUCAGAUGGCAUCAAUGUUUUAGCAGUAGAUGUGUGCCCAAGCAAUGACUCAGAGGUGACUUUCAAGUUAAACAACCAGCUCCGAUCACUAAAGGAAUCUGUCCUACUUCUGCAGAAAGUUAUUCAAGGACAACAGAGCAUACCAGAUCAAAUAAUGGAUGAUUUUUUGGGGUGGAAAGAAAUAGAAGAGCAGCUAACUGAAAAUUAUGCUAAUUACUGUGAAAUUAAUCAGUUGCGGAGCACAGAGAUACCAUCUGGGGAGGAUGUCCAUUUUGGCUCUUGUCAGGAACAGCUGCUCUUCUCACUAAUUAAUAAUACACUUGAAGAAAUUUGGUUUGCCUUUGAGGGAAACCCAUACUGGAAGGAUUUAACAACUUUUGUCAGGUGGAUGUGUGAAGUAGCUCAGUAUGUGAAUGAAGAAGUGGGCUCCACAGAUGGACUUGAAGUAUCUCUAUGUUCCAGGCAAAAGCUCAGUCUGAAGACCAUCUUAGGUCAUUAUUCAGCAUUUCUGCAAAGCUUAUCAGAUUAUUCGCCAUUUACUUCCUGGGCAUGGAUCUUGAGAUCUGUGAAAGAGCUUUUGAAGAAGGAAGAAAACUUAUGGAUUUCUGGUGAAAAGGAAAUCUCCUAUCUCUUACACCUUACAGAAUUUAUAGAAGAAAUAACAAUGCCCAAUUUCUCAGCCCCAUCAAAUCUCCAGUCUCUUAUGGAAAGUGUCUUGAAUAAUACAAUUGCAUGGAUAAACAAAUUUGCUGAAGGGGAGGAAUCUGCCGCAGAUUUCUCAUCUGCAGUUUCUGAACUCCAUAAUGAGCUACUAAAAAACUUCCAGUCUUUUCAGAGAUUCUGGCAGAAAGAGAAGAUGGAAUUUUUCUGGCAGACAGUGAAAAUGAUAUACUAUGAACUUGUUUCUAGGCUUUCUCAGUUGAGUCAAGUGGAAGAAGCAGAGGUAUUGGAUACCCUGUCUAGAAUUAUAUUUUCCAUACCAGAAAAUGAAAAAAUCCUUAAUAGAAGCAUGCUUUUGCUCCAAAAUAUCCUGACUGGUUGGCCAAAUUUAAAUAUUGUUGAUAUGAGCUAUCUAAAACACGUACGUGAAGACCUCAUAAGAAAUCUCUAUGAGGUUGGAUCACUGACUGAAGAUCAUAUUAAUAGAACUUUCAGUACAAUUCAUGGAGUGAGUAAUGCCUCCUCCUUCUUACUCUCAAAUGCAACUCUCAUAUAUAAAGUACAAGAGUUAGGAGAAAUUGUAUCCGAUUUCUUCAAAAACAUCCAGAAAUUAAACAAUGGUAGUGUGACUUCACUUGUUCAAAUACUUUUCUCUGUUUAUCAGAACACUGAUCUGCUCUUAAAUAUUGAGAGCAAUAGUGCUCUGUUAACAUUUCUUUAUGAGACCUCAAAAGAUAUUUUAUCUCUUCAAGUAUGGCAUGAUUUCCAAGACAGGGACAAAGUUUUUGAUCUUCUGUCUGAUACUUUUAAUCUUCUUUGGAACUUCUCUGGAAAGCCUCUCUGUGAAGAGUUAUUAGCCAUUUAUAACUACACAGAAUUUCAGGCCCAGUCUCUAGCACAGAAAGACAAAGAGAUGCAAGUUGUCUAUAACACUCUGAGCAGCCUUAAAACUUUAUUUGCAGAUGAAGAGCUCCAAACAGCUGCCUCUUGUUAUUUAGAAGAAUUCUUUGGUGUCUCAGCAGAAUGCAUGGUAAAUAAUGGAUGUGUUGAUUUUUAUCUUUCAAAUGCUACUUCUGUAGAGAAUUCAGUAGAGGUUUACGACUUCCUCCUCCUUCCAUUGGACAGUGUUUUGUCUAACAUAACAAAGCUGGGAGAUGAGAUAAAUGUGUCUUCUGCUUUGCACUGCACUUUUAUAUGGCUUCAAACCUGGACAGAGGUUUUUGAGGAAGUAUCCAAAAUUUUAAGUUUGAAUUCAACCUUUUUUGUCAGUCUAAGAUAUGGUUUGGCAAAUGUCUCUGAAAGUUUUUUAAAUACAACUCAUGCUGAGCUGUGCAAUAAGACAACUAUGCUUAUUGUUGAAGCUACAACAGCAAUGCAUCUAUUAAAAAGCACAGUUGAAGGUGGUGGUUUAAAUGAUUGGGAAGAUUUUGAAGCUCUCAUUAGUAAUCUUCAAAGUGUGCUUAACAAUGCAAUUGAUAUCACAAGCUUGCUUACAGGUAACAGUUUAGAGGAUGUUCUGGAAAUUAUGGGAGCGGUGAUAACUGAAUUGCAGAAGUCUGUACUGAAGGCUGUUAAUGGAGAUUUUUUGAAUUCCUGGCUUGAUACUUUCAUCUCAGGAGGAUCUGAGGGAGAAGGUAGGGAUGCAAAUAUAUAUUCCAUUGGAAAUUCGCUUUCUGCUAUUCUCAAGCUCUCCGAAAAAGAACUUGGAAUUAUUCUCAUGGAGAUAAAAGACACAGCUGCUUUCUUAAAAAGUAUAUCUCAAGACAAAUACUUGGUUUGUAUCAGCAUUUUCCAGAAUAUUACCAAAUUAAUUUUGGACAAUAUUCUGAAUGACACAAGUCAUUCACAAAUUAAUUUUUCUCCUCAUCUUAAUUCCUUUCUUAACUUUAGUACAGUGGGUGAAGCGGAAGAAUGUGACAGAUGGAUGCAUAUCCUUAGUAACCUUAGUGAAAAAUACAAGUCAUCUUCCCACCUUGAAAGUGCAAAACAUACUCUAUUUCUGCUGAAAUCUCUGGGAAACAUUGAGACAGAUGUUAAGCUAAGAAACACGAUGGAUUUUAUUAAUUUGGUUUUUAAUUUGGUAUUCCCUGAAUGUUUCCUGUCUGCUUCUCAUGUUCUUUGUCUAAAUGUCUAUUUCAAUAUUAUAAUGAAAACUUUAAAAUUCAUUCUCCCUGAAUUUUAUGGAAAAGAUGAUGAUAGGGUGCUUGACUUUAUUUUUACACUUGUAAAUAACUCAGGGGGGCAAAUACCAAUGCUUGUCAACAAUUUGAUGGGACACUUGCAAUAUACAUCAAAUGAGACCCAUUUUACUCAGCCAAUUCAUGGAUCUAACAGGAAUUCCAGUAUACUCCUUAAUCCCUUUCAUCAUCACCAGCUUUUCUUAACAGAAUUCUUGGCAGAAAUUCAAACUCUCCUGAAAAAUAAAACUUCUGAUAACCAGCAGAACAGCUCCUCUCCUUUGAAUACUGAGUUUGAAGCUUUCUUGCCUGAGAAAAAUAACAAUUUGUUGAUGCAGUUCUUUCAGCAUAUGAUUAAUUACCUUGACUCGAAGUUGCCUCAUAAAUUGCAAGGUGAAUACAACACACUUCUUCAGGCACUGAUAAAAACAGCCGCUCUAAAUGUUGAACUGGUAAGGAAAGCACUCAAAACUUUCAAGUCUUCUACCCUUAUUGGUUUUCCAAUAAGAGGUGAUAAAGAGUUCCUAAAGCAUGUAGUAGCUUUGGUGCAAAAUCUGGAGAAUACAGAUGUAGAGUUCUUGAUAGGUCAAUUCAAACAAGUCCAGGGGAGCCUGGAUCACUUAUUUAAAAGUAUCAAAUCUUUGAAUAUUGAGAACUCUGAGUUAGGAAUGUUACCAGACUGGUGGGACACAUUUGAGAACAAUUUGUGUAAUUGGAAUCUGACUGGUUUCAGGCAGCUGGCACAGCUCUUGCAACAGGAUGAGCACUCUGAUGCAGUAGAGAUGUUCCAUCUUCUCCUUGAUGUCAUCAGUCUUACAGAAGGAUUAGCUCAUGGAAACAUCACGGAGGCACUAACUGAUGUAUACACUUUCAUACUGACUCAAGAAGCAAAAAUACCAAUGUUUACCAAGGAAGAAGUAUCUAAUCAAGUAGAAGGUCUUCUAAUGUUACUGGAAGCACUGAGUGAUAUGCCUGAUGAACCUGCAGAGGCCUCGAUUUGUAUUUCUGCAGCGUUCUGCCGGACUCUCACAACAGCAGCACCUCAGAGUGAUCCUGCUUUUAACACUUGUGACUUUGUGCACAACAAUUUUUCUCUUGCUUACAAUGGAGUCAUUAAGAUAAUUAAGCAGCUGAAACCGAUCCCUCUGGAGGACAGUUCCUCAUGUACCAAGGAAGACUUUCAGACAGAUAUCACUCGCAAUCUGACUUGCUUUUUUUAUCAGAUCAAAGAAUGGAACUCUCUUCUUUUGAAGUUUUCUGAGCUCCAUCAUUUAAAUGGCUCAGUUCUCAAAGAGCUGCUGGAGUUUUGGAAUGAGCUAUCUAUCUAUGCUGUACCUCUGCAAGCCAAUAUUACAGACUCUGUCACGUGCUUGUCCACACUGAAGAUGCAGGCAGCGUUACAGCUCGUAGAAACACUGGAUGGUAUGAUGGUGACAGAGAUGGAGGCAGCCAAAGCUGUUCUUGAACAGCUGGAUGAUCUUUAUGGUACCCUAAAUUUGAAUGGAGACACAAAAAUGUCACUUAUAAAGACUGUUCUUUCUAAGUUUAGGAACAUGACCAGUGAAGUGUCUGGAUUGCUAGAUACAGAGGCUAUCUUUUCUUUUUUCUCUGUAGUUCAGCCUUUAAUAACACUAUCAUCUGUUGGAAACCAGACUUACUCGCUGCUUAUGGCAUUAUCAGCUUUAAAUAGAAAUAAUUUUGAGAAUUUCUGGCUUCGUGUAGAGCCUAGUAUAGGAAACUUAUCAAUGAAUUUUAAUGUUAGACAUUUUCUUAUGGUGGUAGAGCAGGGUUUUCAGAUAUUGAGGGUAGCUACUGGACAGUCUUCCUCAGUGGAUCUUGAUGUUCCAAUACAGCAGUUUAAUACAUCAUCUGUUGAUGCUAUGUUAAGAAACUUUGAAGAUGUACAAGAGAUUGUGAAUGCCUUUCUAUGCGAGUGUAACACUAAAAAUUACUCUAAAAUAAUGCAUAUUCUGAUCUUCCUUAUGGCUGAUGAAAAGUCAUCAGAUGAUGUACUGCUGAUUCUCAAAGAAAUUAUUGACUUUCUGGAACUCUUCCAAAAUGAGUCUAAGAAAGGUUACAUAGAUGUGUUUUAUGAUGAUGAUCUUAACAGAGAGAACCUGAAUAACACUCAUAUUGCUGACUCAGUUUUGCAGAACAGUCUCCUUCACAUGAUUGCUGAGCUUGCUACUGUAGAAGCAGCUCUGCACUCAAACAAUACAGAGCUUCACAUAGUUGACUUCAUUGAUUUAUUUUUUGAUGAUGCACAACGUGGAGACUAUGGAAAAGCUACUAAUAUGUUCCAAAACAGAACUCUUGAGGUCAUGCAAGAGGUCUUGCAAAUGAUCUUUCCAUCUUCUACAGAACAUGACAGGAGCAGAAUGGCCUUCUUGCUAAAGUAUUUGCCUGAGGAUAUAAUGGCAGAAAUGAGAGCAUCUAAGAUGUGCCAGAUUCUUCAGAAAUACUUACCCCCCGCUGUUGUCCUACUAUUGCAGAAGCUGCAGCUUACCACUCUGAAUGCUCUUAAAAUCUUUUCAGAAGAACCAGCUAUCAUCAGCAACUUCUUCUGUGUUGUUACAAGGUGUAAAGAUGGCUUAACGAGUCACUUCCUCCUCUCUGUCAUUGAAGGAAUCAUUCUGGUUCAAGAUCAUUAUCAGGAUAUUACAAGAAUGUGGUCUGCUGUCAACAAGGGGGAUUGUGGGAAUAUGGCAUAUGUAAGCCAGAAAUUUUCCAGUACUCUGGAGAGCUUCCUGAGAGCCUUACAAAAUACCACUGACGGCAGUUGUGAAUGUCACCUACCGUUAGAGAACAUCCAGAGACACUUGCAAAUGUUGGCUGAAAAUCUGGAGCCACUGUUGUCAGAAAAUCCAGCAGUAGCUGUUCUCAGCAAUUUUAAUCUUUUGAAUGAUGUGAAACUCGAGGACUGCAUGCAGAAUACUACUGAGCUGGGGCUGGACAUUCGUUCUUCUGUCAAUGUUUCUGAAGAAACUGUCAGGACUGUUUUGGAAGCUAGUAUCUCUCAUUCAAAGCUUUUUUACAGUGCCUUUGCAGUAGCUUUAGCUGGAAAAUGUGAUGAAGAAGUAUUUAGCCUGUUGCUAACAUUACCUGAAAACAGCAAAACUUCCUUGGUGGUGGAGGAAUUAUGUUCUUUACCAGCACUGGACUUGUAUACCAUGUUUGUACUGAUUAUACAGAAUUUGAGCUUACGUCAUGUCAUUUACAAGAUUAAGAUACCAUCUGAGAUAGGCAGCUUACUGAAUACAUUAUUGGAUGUGGUUUCUAGUAUCAGCUGUCUUCUCAAUAAAGCCCAGCGUGUCAUGGAAAACCUUCCGGUGUUCCUCCAAGCUGUUAAAAAUAUUGGUGUGCUUGACAUGUCUGCAUUGCAGCAGUUCUUUCAAGGCGGGCAGUUCAGGCGUUCAGCUGUUGGAUCCCUAGAGUCUGUAAUCAAGGCAGUGUGUAAAGAAGAAUCUUCAUUUUUCAGCAACACAAACAUGUUCAUUGACAUGCCCAGAAUCUCAGAGCUCUUGGAGGACAACAUGGCAAAAUAUGGCAUUCCCGAAGGCUCAACUCCAUUUUGCUUGAAGCUUUAUCAGGAGAUUCUACAGUAUUCUAACGGGGCUUUGGUAUGGACUUUCCUGAAACCUUUAUUACAUGGGAAGAUACUGUACAAUUCAAACAUCAGCAUGAUUGACCUGGUGAUAGAGAAGGCCAAUUUCACUUUUGCUUUUGUGGAAAACUUGAAGACUUAUUCUCAGACGUGGCUUAGGAUGUCUGAGGUCUUUAAAAACAGUGGAAAAGGCCUCAUGGUCUCUCGGCUGCAGGAAGCACUGCAAAACAAUUUCAUAAAACACUUUGUAGAGAGUCACUUGAAUAUUGACAUGGGAAAGCUUAUUGAAGAGAUGCAAGCAUAUGAAACUAUGAUGCACGAGAUGCUCAAGAGCUCAGCAGCUAAACAGAUUGACCUGUUGUCUCAGCUCUUAGUAAAUAUCUCUUCCUGUGUAUUACUGGAUCGUUUCCAGCCUUUUGAAUCUGUUGAGAAAUUGGAGGAGAAGGCUCGUGAGCUGAUGCAGCAAAAUAAUUUUUUGGCUAGUAUCAUCUUCAACGUGCCAAACAACAAGACACAAGAUUCUAGAAGUCUUCCACAACACAUUUCAUAUACAAUUAGGACCAGCGUUCUCUAUAGCAUGAGAACAGAUUUGAUGAAAAACCCAAUGUGGAAAUCUCAUCCCCAGAACUUGCCAGCUGAUGGGUUUAAAUACAACCAUAUCUUUAUUCCUCUACAAGACAUGAUUGAAAGGGCAAUUAUUUCGGUACACACUGGGACAGAUACCUCAGAGCCAGCAAUUCAGGUGCAAGCCAUGCCUUACCCUUGUCAUACCAGUGAUUUAUUCUUGAACAAUAUAGGUUUUUUUUUCCCACUUAUGAUGAUGUUAACAUGGAUGGUUUCUGUUGCUCGUAUGGUUCGCACGUUGGUUUAUGAAAGAGAAAUUCACCUCGAAGAGUAUAUGAAGACAAUGGGUGUACAUCCAGCCAUUCAUUUCUUGGCUUGGUUUCUGGAGAAUGUCAUUGUGCUCAUGAUAAGCAGCUGUGCUCUAGUCGUCAUUUUAAAAGCGAGUGGAAUCUUUGCUUACAGCAACAGCUUCCUCAUCUUCCUUUUCCUCCUGGAUUUUGGAGUGGCAGUUGUUAUGUUUAGCUAUCUUUUGGGAGCAUUUUUUCGCAAUGCCAAUACAGCAGCUCUGUGCACCAGCCUUGUGUAUAUGAUCAGUUUUUUACCCUACAUAGUUUUGUUGGUCCUGCAAAACCAGUUGAGUUUUGCCAACCAGAUUGUUAUAUGUCUUCUGUCUACAACUGCCUUUGGGCAAGGAAUAUUUUUCAUUACGUUCUUUGAGGGCCAAGAAGUAGGAAUUCAGUGGAAUAAUAUGUACCAGCCAGUAGCACGAGGAGGGUACAUGACCUUUGGAUGGACAUGCUGGAUGAUGUUCUUUGACUCCAUUUUAUAUUCUAUAGGUGGCUGGUAUUUCAGCAGUAUUCCAGGAAAAUUUGGAGUAAGGAGCCGAUGGUACUUUCCUUUUACUGCUUCCUGCUGGAAGAACCUGUGUGGAAAGAAACAUUAUCUGAAUUCUAGUAUGUUUUUCUUCAAUGAAAACUUCCAAGAAAAAGACCCAGGAUCUCCAGGUGGGAAAGGUGCUAGCAUGGAAGGAGCCACCAUUGGUGUUGUGCUGCUGUCACUUACCAAGGAGCAUGUGGAUGGCCAGCAGGCUGUUGUGAAAGAUCUCAACCUCACUUUCCAUCAAGGUCAAAUAACAGCACUCUUGGGGCCUAAUGGAGCUGGAAAGACAACAGUUAUUUCACUGUUGACUGGCCUGUAUCCACCCAGCUCUGGUACCAUUAUCAUCAAUGGAAAGGACAUACGUACUGAUCUAGCUGCCAUCAGGACAGAGCUGGGUGUUUGUCCCCAGUAUGAUGUUCUGUUCGACAUGCUAACUGUGCGAGAGCACCUACUACUGUAUGGAUCAGUAAAGGCACCUGUCUGGACACCAAAACAGUUGAAUCAGCAAGUCAGUGGAGCUCUGGAAGAUGUGGAUUUAUCCCAAUAUCAGUACAAACCCGUUGGAGCCCUUUCUGGGGGAAUGAAAAGGAGGCUGUCAAUUGCCAUCUCCUUUAUUGGAAACUCCAAGACAGUUGUUCUAGAUGAGCCCACCAGUGGAGUAGAUCCGUGCUCUCGCCGUAGCAUCUGGGACGUUCUUUUGAAGUACAAAGCUGGUUGCACACUGAUCUUUACCACUCACCAUCUUGAUGAGGCAGAGGUGCUCAGUGAUCGCAUUGCCAUCCUGCAGCAUGGCCAGCUGAGGUGCUGUGGUUCUCCUGCUUAUCUGAGAGAAACAUAUGGCCAGGGACACAGUCUAACACUCAUAAAAAAGCCUUCUGUGUUUGAAAUCCAGGAUCCUAAGCAUAUUGUUCAGGUCACAUCUUUGGUACAGACCCACAUCCCAGAAGCCUUCCUGAAAGAGAACAGUGGGACUGAAUUGACCUAUGUGAUUCCAGAAAGGGUAGAUAAGAUGUCCUUUAAAGGUCUUUUUCAGGCUUUAGAUGAAAACCUUCAUCAUCUAAAUGUGACUGGCUAUGGCAUUUCUGACACUACCUUGGAAGAGGUAUUUCUGAAGCUACUGCAAGACUCGGAAAAGAUGCCUUGUGUUCCACAGGCGGCACACCUGGACCAUGCAAAUGGUGUUGAAUCAGCCUAUAUCUCACUUACGGGUACCUCAAGUGUGCAUGGAGCCAGUCUUGUUCUCUCGCAAGUUGUUGCCCUUCUAAUGAAGAAGUUUCACCAUGCUAGGCGAGACUGGAGAGGGAGUCUGUCAAAUGUUCUGCUGCCCAUUCUCUUUGUUGCAAUGGCAAUGGCCUUGUUUAGUGUGAAGCCACUGGCUACUGAUUACCCUUUGCUCAAGCUGACACCAAGACUUUAUGAAAAUGCGGAAUCCUUCUUUAGCAUUGAAGAUGAUAACCUAGGAGACCUUUCUCAGAUUCUGUUGAGACAUUUCUCUGAUUUGGACCACACAUGCAUACAUUCACAACAAGGGAAAAAUAAUUCAUGUUGGCAGAUGGAAUCUGCUUCACACCAAUAUUCAUGUGGAUGCAUGGCUGAACAGGAGAUGUGUCCAAGUUUCAAUGUCUCUGCUCCUUAUGUGAAGAAUAAGAAAGGACAUAUUCUGUAUAAUCUUUCAGGGUUCCCUGUGGAAGAAUAUUUAGUCAGGUCUUCCAACAAAUCAAGAUACGGUGGCUGGUCUUUUGGAGAGAAGACAGCCUUUGAACUUCAAGAUCUGAAAUUGAAUAACACCAAAUACAAGCCUCUGGUCAAGGUGUGGUACAACCAGAAAGGUUUCCAUUCACUACCGUCCUACUUAAAUGAACUAAAUAACUUUUUUCUGUGGCUGAAUUUGCCUCCUACUGUGGACUGGAGACAGUAUGGGAUCAGACUUUAUAGCCAGCCCUAUGGAGGAGCCUUCCUCGAUGAGGACAAAAUAAUGGAGAACGUUCGUCAGUGUGGGGUAGCACUGUGUAUCAUGUUGGGUUUCUCUAUCCUUACCGCAUCCAUUGGAAGUGCAAUAGUGAAAGACAGAGUAUGUGGCGCAAAACGCUUGCAGCACAUCACAGGCCUUGGAUACAAAGUUUAUUGGCUUGCAAACUUCUUCUGUGAUAUGCUGUUUUACAUGGUUUCAGUCACCCUGUGCGUUGGUGUUUUUACUGCCUUCCGGCUAUCAGCCUUCACUUUCCGAGAGAACUUGGCAGCCACUGUUCUCCUGCUGAUACUCUAUGGAUAUGCAACUUUACCAUGGAUGUAUCUUGUAUCCAGAUUCUUCUCAAGUUCAGAUGUAGCUUUUAUUUCUUACAUCUCCUUGAAUUUUGUGUUUGGCCUUUGCACCAUGCUGCUGACUCUCUUACCUCGUUUGUUAGCUAUAAUUUCUAAAGUGCAGAGUUUUCAGAACAUCUACGAUAUCCUCAAAUGGGCGUUUAUUAUAUUCCCACAAUUCUGCUUAGGGCAAGGUCUGAUAGAACUUUCGUACAAUCAGAUCAAGUUUGACCUGACCAGCAACUUUGGAAUAGAUUCUUAUGUGAGCCCUUUUGAGAUGAACUUCCUCGGGUGGAUUUUUGUGGAAAUGGCCCUACAAGGAACAGUUCUUCUUCUUUUACGGAUUUUUCUUCAUUGGGAUCUCGUCCAGAAAACAAGGGGUCAGUGUUCAGUUAGCAGCAUGGUCAACACUUCAGAAGAUACUGAUGUAGAAAUGGAGCGACAGCGACUCUUUGGUGGAAGAACUGGUAAUGAUAUCCUUCUUCUGUACAACCUCAGAAAGUGUUAUGGAGGUUUCAGUAAGAAGAACGCAGCUGUGGAAAACAUAAGCCUGGGAAUACCAAGGGGAGAGUGCUUUGGACUCCUGGGAGCAAAUGGAGCUGGGAAAAGCACAACAUUUAAGAUGCUGACUGGAGAUAUCAUCCCAUCUUCAGGGCGUGCUGUUAUCAGGACUCCUACAGGGUCUGAAAUGGAUAUACUGUCUGCUAGCUCUGAAGGCAUUCUCAUUGGCUACUGCCCACAGCAAGAUGCCCUGGAUGAACUUCUAACUGGUUGGGAGCAUCUUCGUUAUUACUGCACCUUGCGUGGAAUUCCAAAACAAUAUAUCCAUAAGAUAGCAGGGGACCUUGUUAACCGGUUACACCUCAAUGCCCAUGUUGACAAAUUGGUGAGGACAUACAGUUGUGGCACAAAGAGGAAGCUCUCUACUGCUGUGGCUUUAGUUGGCAAACCCCAAAUACUUUUAUUGGAUGAACCCAGUUCUGGAAUGGAUCCCUGCUCUAAACGCUACCUGUGGAAAACCAUCCUGAAGGAAGUUCAAGAUGGCUGUGCAGCCGUGCUGACAUCCCACAGUAUGGAAGAAUGUGAAGCCCUCUGCACACGGCUUGCUAUUAUGGUCAAUGGAAGUUUCAAGUGUCUUGGUUCUCCCCAGCACAUUAAAAACAGGUUUGGAGAUGGCUAUUCCAUCAAGGUUUGGCUUAGCAAAGAAAUAAACUAUGGGAGGGUCAUUUUGGACUGUCUACAACUGCAUUUUCCUGGAACAUGUUUUAAGGGACAGCAUCUUAAUCUGCUUGAGUACCAUGUACCACGAAGUCAGGGAUGCUUAGCAGAGCUCUUCAGAGUCCUAGAGAAUCACAAAGCUUUUCUGCAAAUCAAACACUACUCCAUCAGCCAAACCACUUUAGAGCAGGUAUUUAUUAAUUUUGCUACACAACAGCAAGAAGUCUUGCAUCCUACACAAGGAUCUCCCACCAUUCUUCAUGACCACCUGCCAGUCUAGGCUCAGAAGAGAAUACAGAACAGCUCCAUAUAUGCAUGUGUGUGUAUGUUUAUGCACAUAUAUGUACAUUUUACAUGUAAUAAGUCUUUUCAGCUGUUAACAGCUGGUCUGUGAGAAGCAAAAAGGUGAAAUGAGUGGAGCAGAGGUGAGUUUGCAUCUGUAGGCCAGAAGGAAUGCUACCAGUUCUUAGUAAAACAAGAGAAUAGUCACAUGCAGACCAAAAAACCCACCAAAAAAGCAAUGCUCUUUAAUGAACUGGAACUUUAUAGUGCAGAUUGCUUAAUGAAUGCAGAUCUAUGUAACAAAAAAGGCUGAUCUCAAAUGUCACUGUGUAUAGUAGAUUUUUCUGUGGUAGUUCUAUAUUCAUUUGACUAUGGUAAUUUUCUCUAGCAUGCACACUUAAUAUCUAUAGUUUUUACAUGACAAGGCAAGAAAAACCUUUUGAAUGGUAAAAGAGCUAGGCUAUCACCCAAUAUUUGUAUUUAAUAGCACAAAUGAGAGCCUUUUGACUUCCACAUUAAUUCAAAUCUGUGUUGUGACAAGCUAAAUUAGUCUUUUUUAUUGUAUAAAAGAUGCACUAUAUUCCAUAAGGGUUUAUGUUAAAGAGGGUAUUAGUGUACUAGUCUGUCUCCGAGUUAUGUUAAGUAAAUUUAACAAGGUUUCAUAAAUCAUACUUGACAAUGAGCUCUCCCUUAUGCCUGCAGGUUGCUGCUGGAGGAAUGUUCAAGCAUGUUUUUAAUGACCUAUAUCAUUUUCCUAGAUUUUUGUUUCUUUUUUUUCCUAAGAGAAUGCCAAAAUUCUAUUUGAGGGGCAUGUUGAAACAAAAUGAGAUAAGAAUUCACACACUGAUCAAUAAACUUUUCAAUAAAUGUAUAUUAUGAUGUUAGAUAUUUCAGACAAAGCCAUGCCACAGCCUUCAGCCUACGUAUGUAUAGAAGAAGUGAACAUUUAAUGAAUAAAUUCUUGUCUUUUGUGGUGGGAGAAAAAAGAAUAUUUGGGGGUAAACUGCUGGUUCUCUUCCAAAAUAGGUCCUUUGGGAACCCUGUAAAAGGUAGCUGAUACCACUUUUAUUGGACUGUAUUAUCUGAUAGUUGAAAUCAUGGAAUCUGUGAUUUAGAUAUGUAUUGUUACAAUAUAAUUCCUGUGAAAAUCAAAUAGUGUACUUUGAGAUAAAAGAAUUUGAUUGGAAAUUAUAUAUUUUUUGCAGUACUGCUGCUGUAGUGCCCUGCUGUAUGAAGAUGAAACAUUAAAAAGUUUUAUUUGUGCUUUUGGCUUUGCAAGCUGA